GGCGCCUUAGGGACGUUGUUAUUGUUCAGUAGCUAUUCGAACAGUUUGCAGUGCGUUUAAAAAAAAAACCUACGCGGAGCAAAAGGCCGUGCGGGCAUGAGACGACCAUCUAGAGAUAAUGUUGAGAUCCACCGGCUUCUUCCGAGGGAUUGACUGUCCGUUUUACACGGAUUACAACGAUGGUAAAGGUGGCAGAAAUGGGUGUAACAGACCGUACUGUCACUUCAGGCACAGCCAGCAGAGACGAUCGUCGUAUGGUGCACCGGCGGACGUUAAUAAAAAGCAAAGAGAUCUUCACUCCGGACAAAAAGAACAAGGUUACGACCCCUUCAACCCAGAAGUAGUUAGACCACAGGAGCAGCAGAAUGGAAAGCAGUCCACCUCAGGAGACAUCAGCGGUGCUUUGGAGCUGGUCAACAAGGCCAUCGAAGAGGUCCGCAGCGAGGUGGAGAGGGAGAAGAGAAAACUUUCUCGGAUUGGAGAUGAACCGUACAAUCCGAGUGAUGGUACCAAUUUAUCUUCAUCUGAAGAUGUUAAAAGUAAAGCAGCGGGGUCACACUUGGCCUAUGAUCCUGGGAGUUAUCAGAUCACAUCUGGAGGGUAUAAACCCACACCUGGCUGCAGCAAGUACACCUUGGAUUCAGAAAUUCAGGGGCACAAUAUUAACUCAAUGGAAUAUGUUCCUACUUCACUGAAAAAUACUUCAUCUCGGACACAAACGCAUCAACUUCCCCCUGAUCCCCCCAGCCCAAAAUAUUCAAAUAGCACAUCCUCUUCUAAGGGCAAAUACACGGUAGACAAUUCUAGACCAUCUACAGAUAUGGAAUAUGACCCACUAUCCAAUUAUUCAGCUGGAAUCACAGUGAAAAGCAAGAAGGAAGAGGGUCCACAAACUGUUAAGAAGGAAUCAGGCCGGACACCCAAGGUAAUUGGGUUUGAUUUUUCAGAUGAAGAGUGUGUUGUAGCUGUGAAAAAGCCAUGGCAGCCAAGUGUAGACACAAAAAAAUAUACUAUUUCAGACUCUGAUGGGGAAAGUUCUGGAACAGAGUACCGACCCACCUCACUUAGCAAUCUCCAGCAAAGAAAAGGCAUCAUUGGGUCAGGCGGAGGUGCUUUUGGGAAGGACAGAAAAGAGAGAACUGAAAGUAUGCUAAAUGCGCUGACACAAAGGAAUGAGCAGUUGCUGGUACAGGACUCAGACACACAGGAAAAGGUUAAACUUAAGGACAAGCUAGAAAAAAAGAAGGUGGCUGAUCAAACUAGUUGUGGGAAAAGUGGCAAACCUGAGAAAGUGUAUAAACUUGAAAAGGAAGUAAACAAAUCAUCCAGUAGUAGGAGUGCUAGCAGCAGUAGUAAAGAUAAAGGGUCAAUAAAGAGCUCCAGCCAGGACUCUGCAAAGAAGGAGAACAAGAGUCAAGAGAAGAAAGAUGACAGGAAAAAAACAUUAAAGACGAAAACAUCAGGUGAAGUUAAGAGGGAAGGUAGAGAUGAAAGAAGUAAUGAUGGGAUCAAGACAGUUGAAAAAAUUAAAAGAGACUCAAGCAAACAGGAUAAAGACGUGCGAGAAAGCAAAAAACUCAAAACAUCAGACAAAGAAAGAGAGCACAGCAAGAAGGACCAUCAACACAAAAAUGGCAAAUUUGAAAGUAGUAAAAGAGAAAAAGACUUAAAGAAAAUUAGUAAAAGCAGUUCUAACAGCAGUAAAGGCAGUUCAGCAAACAGUAAAGAUAAAGCGAAGCAAAACAUGACGUCAAAUGGGAAGAGACUUGAGGACAAAAGGCAGAAUCCGAGUCUGAGCCACGCAGAUCUGUUCGGAGACGAGAGUCCAGACGAGGCUGAUCCGAUGGAGGUGGAUUAUGAUGAUGAGAUGGAGGAAGUCUUGGUGAGAAAAUCAGCUGACGCCUUGAAGAGGGGACGUCUGAACAAAAGGAAAGCUUCUGAACGGACUCCAUCUUUCUCUGAGGAUGAGGGCGAUCGCAAUAUGGAAUCCUGCAGGACUGGUCGGGAUGAGGUUGUUGGUGCUGAAAUCGACUUUUCCAGCUUUCAGGAUGAUCUAGACUUCGACUCAGAUCCCAUGGAGGAGUGUUUAAGGAUCUUUAAUGAAUCCAAAGAUGUGAAGAGGGAAGACAAGGGAAGGCAAGCGAAGCAGCCUUCUCGGGAUUCAGAGGAGGAGAAAAGCACGGAUAGCACUUUAACCACUCUGUUCCCCGGUCAAAAGAAAAGAGUGUCUCAUUUUGUUGCCAAAGGAAAUACUGAUGCACCUUCAAAGACGGUAGUACGGCCAUAUAAGAGACCAACAGCCCAGGAGGUCUGCUACCAGCGAAUGCAGAUUGCACAGCAGCAAGCCGCUCAGCUCUCUGCUUCGGUCAAAGUUGCCUCGCAGAACUCAAGCCCCAGCUUUUCAGGAGAGAAAAAGAGAAUAGCUCAUCGUCCUAACGCGCACAUAUCAUCCUCUAAGACAGGUCCUGCAGAUUAUAAACCAGGUUCUAGUCAGGCGUUAUCCCCCGGUCAGACUCUUCAGGGUGUCAGGGCCCAAACCACAGCCAGCAUUUUGUCCAAGACAUCAUCUACAGUCACACAGAAGAGGAUGGCACACACACCCACCAUGAAAAGCACUUCAAUGAGGCGUCCUGUCAUCCCCACUGAAUUUGGGGCCAAAGUUCCCACAAAUAUCCGCCAGCGCUACCUCAACACUUUCAUCGAUGAAUGUGUCAAAUUUUGCCGAUCAGAGGAGGCUGCUUUCCAGAUGGCCCUUGACGAGGAGAGGCUGGUGUAUGAGCGCAGUAGCAGUAAGAACAUCUACCUCAACGUAGCUGUAAACACACUGAAGAAACUCCGGGGCAAGAGCAGUUCCUGUCCAUCACCUGCCACAAAGGAGUGUGGGUCUGCGGUUAAAAAGAGGGCACAAUCCCAUGAGGAAGUUUUAGGAGGUCGUCUUGCAGCUACAACCAGCUUCACUGUCAACAGGUCGGGUAAACAGCAGGGGGAGAAACUCACUGGAGUCACUCUGUACAGGAAGCUGAAGGCGUACUUGAUGACAGAGGAGCAGCUCCAGGAGCAUGGAUACCCGAGGACAAACGCUGAGGCCUCAGGCAGAGCCGUCAUUUACAACCUCCCCGAGAAAAAGGCCUUAGCAGACCCAUUCACCAAGAUAUGCUGUCGCUGUGGUGCCGAGUAUAAGGUCAAUGUCAAUGGCAACUGCGUGCGGAAAGAGGAAUGUAACUUUCACUGGGGACGUUUACGCAGACAUAGAGUUGCUGGAGGCUGGGAGACCACCUACAGCUGCUGCACUGCAGCUGUGGGAGCUACAGGAUGCCAGAUGGCCAAGCAACAUGUUCAAGACGGGCGUAAAGAGUCAUUUGAUGGCUAUGUGUCGACAUUCAGCAAACCUCUGCCACCUGAUGGAAACGGAGGAGUGUUUGCUUUGGACUGUGAAAUGUGUUACACAAAGCAAGGUCUGGAGCUGACGAGGGUGACAGUCAUCGACUCUGAGAUGAAAGUUAUCUACGACACGUUUGUCAAACCUGACAGCAAAGUGGUCGACUACAACACGCGAUUUUCAGGUGUGACGGAGGAAGACUUGGAGAGCGCCACCAUCACUCUGAGAGAUGUUCAGGCUGUGCUUCUCAGUAUGUUCAGCGCUGAAUCCAUCCUCAUUGGUCACAGUCUGGAGAGUGACCUCCUCGCUCUGAAGCUCAUCCACAGUUCAGUCAUAGACACGGCCAUCGUGUUUCCUCACCGCCUUGGUUUGCCCUACAAACGUGCCUUGAAGAACCUGAUGGCAGAUUACCUAAAACGCAUCAUCCAGGACAACGUGGAGGGCCAUGACUCGAGUGAAGAUGCAUCCGCCUGCAUGGAGCUCAUGAUCUGGAAGAUUAAGGAGGAUGCAAAGGUCAAAAGAUGACCUCUGACCUCCCAUUUUCAUCAGUACAACUUCUGGCCUUCAUGUAGGUUGCAGGAAGAUGCAGGAGUUUCGGAGACAUUCAUUUGCUCUGAGAACGUUUAUCCCAAAGUCACAGAGUAGGGGGCGGCAUGACUGAGUGCAGUUUGGAGCUUGAGAGGAGAUGGGUGCAGUUGGACUGUGGCUAAGAGGGGAGCUGUCUGCACCUUUAAAAGCAAUAGGAACCGAAAUUAGCAAUGUUUUCAUUUGCCUCUUGAUACUUCAGUUCUAAAUUAUGUUAGCAAACAACUCUGUUUAUUUGAGCUGUGUCUUUUUAAGGCCUCACACAUAUUUACAAAUGAAAAAUUUCUAUU